CAUUUAGGCUCUUCCGUGACGCAGAAACGUGUGCCCAAACUCAAAGUAUCAGUUAAGGCUGCUAUGCUGGUCAGCGAUAUUCCCCGGUCCUUUCAUGUGUAUAUAGUGGUAAUAUGUACAGACUUUGGCGUGUGGACGGUACAUAGACGCUUCUCUCAAUUUUUGGAGCUGCAUCGUUAUAUCACAGGAGGUCAUAUGCAAUUUCCCGCCAACGAUCUGAAGAACAUAUUUCCACCGAAGCGGUUUUUCCUCAACCCGUCAACUAAGGUUGCUAAGAUACGGAUUGAAGAACUACACAACUAUAUGCAAGCCUUGCUGCAAUCUCCAGCCGCCUAUGAAAUGCGGGUUUGGAAUUUCCUAGGAGCCAUCAGUUUCGCAAGGCAUUUUGUGCCUUCACACCCGCUACCCCAGACGCUGGUGACCCCUUCGCUCAUAGCUCACGAGUUUCUACACAGCAGUGACCGGAACAUCGCUGUCACAUUUGUCGAGUUUGCCGCUCGGCUGCUGCGGUCCGUAGUCACACGCGAUGGCAAUGAACAGCCCGUCACCAAAGGGGUGGUACUACCCACUCUGCGAGAGAUGGUCGUCAUGCUGAUUCACACCGGUCGCAUGUCCUUCACCUCCUUCACACUCUCGCUGCUGUACGUGAAGCAAAUCCGGGAUCUGAGAGGCAAGCACAGUAUACGUGGCUGUCCGCACCUGCUCUUAAUCGCUGCUCUGAUCGUCACAGCGAAGUUUCUGUACGACGAGCCACCGCACCCGAUAGUGAAUAAUUGGUUUACACCGCGCGAGAUAUGGCACAUGGAACUCAAGAUCUUAACAGGCAUUCAAUUCAAUCUCAACGUGAGUGAGAAGGUUUAUUCAACGUUUGUAAAUCGAAUGGACAAGUCCAUGUGCAAGCACUUUUUGUCUGGCGACCUAGAUAUGCAAAAUCAGAAGCAACUAGAAGCGAAACAGCACUAUAAUUGGGCCGAUCAACCGCUAUUUGGUGGCGAGGGGGCUGCUAGACGCCUCGGUACGUGGAUAUAUUUGUCAGACGACAGCAAGCAACGCACCGCAGAGGACAUCGCCCAGCAGCGACAGGCGCGUACCGCUCCCACGUCUCCUGUGCCCCCGAAACACCAGUCACAACCCACGAGCCACCAAUCACCCAAUGCAACGGGCGACGCAGCAGCGCCGGAAGCAAAGCCGAUCUUACGAAGCCCUUCGUAUGACAAUCUGUCGGAGCAGCUCUUGUUGCGUAGAGCGUCCGGGGCGAGUGUUAUUGAAGAAGUUCUGGAACACAGUGAGUGUAUACGGGCUAACGGGUACGGUGACACGGGCACGGGAACUGAAUGUGCCGGCAGCAGUGGUACGCGGCGUGCGCAUGAUAACCAAACGGUGGGGUCGGCCUGGAGCGAAGACUACCUCAGCGAGAUCAUGGGGGUGUGUGCGAAUGGGGUAGAGGGGGUUCAAGGGUUGGGAACGGGUAAGGGCAAAGCGGCUACCGUAACGGAACUGGCGGAUGCAAACAAAUCACCGCUGCUGGUCGGUAGUGUGUGGGGAUGUGCAAGGGAGUGUGGCAAUGCGAACUGUACCGGGGCGUGUUGCCGAAGGCGCUCGCAGGACGCUAAACAUCAGAACGAGAUGAGGCUGCGCAACCAGAGCUGGUCCGACGAUCAGUUGCAUAUAGUAGACCCAAGUACUGGCGCAGGACAAUCGUUGGAGCAGCUUGGGAGUAGUGGUUUGGACCCAACCAGGUGUAAGACGCAAUCUCAGCCCCGAGCGAGUAUGGCGCAGGUUAUAGAGGCUGUGCAGGAUGUGCGGUAGCACGGCAAUCUAAAUAUUUAUCACACGUAAUAUAUGCCGAUAAGAAAUUUUGGGACAUGGGAGGGCCAGUCAAGCAACCGCAAGCUAACCUACGCGCCCUCGGACACCUUUCCGAAUCAGCUUAGUGAAGCACGUCCUCAAGUAUAGUACUAUAGACUGCAAAAAUAUCGGAUGGCUAUAUACAAUUAUCCGUUCCUCUCUCGGUAGCAUCUCGAUAUACGUUCGGAGAGCUUGCAGAGCAGUUUCAGGGCCUGCAGUAAUUUGCCACAAUGGCGUUUUAUCUGAUGAGUGUUCAACUUGUCGGAAUUCGUGAGGGUAUCACAUGAGCAAAUUGCUAUCGCCAAACAAUUGUUGGGUCAACGACCCGUAGUUCAACGCAUACCAGUUUUGAAAAUCGGGCGAUUUCCAUGUUGGUUCUAGGUGUACAAGUUUUGGUGAUGCGAUUAUAUAAAAGGGAUGGAAAAGACGCCAACCCCCCCCCCCC